UUUAAAUGAUCAGCAGGGAUUUAAAGUUCAAAGAAAAUCAACUCUGCUUUUUUUCAUCACAUUCAAUUACUCCUCGGCUGCAAGGUGCAUUGAUAUCGAACAUCAAUUUCAUGAGCUAACAAGAAGACAACUCCUUGUCAAAGAUAUAAAACUGGAGAAGAAAUGAAUAUAGUUGCAGAAAUUGAUUAUAUAGUGACAGCAGCACUUGAUCACGUGAUACUGGAGACACCAAGCAGACACUGAUGAAAGGCUUACGACAACUGUGAAAACUGAGAAAAUCCUGAAACUGAACUGGACACUGCAACUGAGCUGACUCCAAAAGAUUUUCGGUUCCAUUGAAGUUUGAAGCCAGCAUCACAAGAUGAAUGCUGAAGUUUAAUUCCAAGAAAGGAAUGUUGGUUUGAAAGGUUAAAUGUGAACUGUGCAAGGAGAAAAAUAUUCAAAUCAAAACAACUCAACAAAAAGAGAAAAUACCCCAUGUAUCUUUAUACACAGGAUCUAUAGCCAGUGCCACCAACACAUCAACGUUAUACUUUCUUGGUCGAAUAUGAGAAUCCUACCGUGAAUAAAUUGAACAAACUGUGCUUCCAUUUCCAGAAAGUCAGCAGGCUACUGAUCUGUCCAUGACUGACCAGGGCUGACCACUGACAAGCACCAUGAUGAAUGUUAUCAACACCACCAACAAUGACACAGUGGGCAACCCCACAAAACACCUCCCAGAAGCAAUGUUCAUAUCAGCCGAGGUCUUAACAAUCUUGUUUGCAAUUGUGGGAUCUACAGGAAAUCUUUUAACAGUAAUUGCAAUUGUAUCAUCAAAUCUCAAAACAAAUCUCAACAGUAUUUUAAUCGGCAAUCUGAGUUUUGCCCAAGUGAUCUACUGUGUUCUCAUCCUGCCUCUCCAAGCCCUCACAUACCACUACCGAGACUGGAUUCUACCGUCGGACCUGUGCGUCCUCCAUGCAGCAGUCCGAUUCUGGCUGAUUGGCGUGAAUAUGAUGCUCCUGAGUGCUAUAGCUUUGUAUCGAUUCCUUCACAUCGUGCAUCCAACAAUCUACUCGAAGUUCUCCAGCCGAGGACCGUUUUUGGCAGUGGUAAUAAUCUGCUGGGUGUUUUCCCUGUAUUUCUGCAUCACACCGAUUAUUGGGAUAUGGGGAUCAUUCUCAUUUCAGGAGGCGAUUCUUCAGUGUACAUUCACCUUUAGUUCUAACAAGUCCCAUAAAAUAACCACAGUUACGCUAGGAUUUGUGAUACCAUGCAUUUUCAUCUGCUUCUGUUAUGCCAGAAUUGGAUGUAUGGCAUAUUUUUCCCGAAAACGAGUCACACGGACUGCCAGUCAAUAUCGAAGGCAAAAAGCUCAAAAAGAUUCCCUUCGUCUUACUGGAAUGAUGUUGUUUAUUUUCUGUGGAUUCCUUCUAGGUACAACCCCCUACUUUGUAAGCAAUAUCCUGGACCCCAAGGUGAAGUAUCCCCUGCCCCACAUCUGGGCUCCGUUCAUGGCCUGGCUCCUGUACUGCGUGAACCCAGUCAUCUACACCGUGAUGGACAGGAACUUCCAGAAUGCCUACCGAAGACUGUUGACCGGUCAACUGUGUGUCAAGGGAGACAACUCUCAGAGUCUGAACCAAGAGACGUCCUAUGCCCACCGAUAAUUGAAGGACCUGUGCACUUCAUUACAAUAGGAGUAAUCUGAACAGCCAUGCUACAUCGGGCCAUGCUCCUUACACCCUCUGCUAACGGCAGAACAACAAUGACAGAUUAGGCCAUGUUCCCUUGCUCAGUGGGAUGUACAUUGUCUAACGCAGGUGUCACUGUCCAGUAUGUGUAAGGGCUCACUCUAUGCCCUAUGAUGGAAGCAGUGUCUAAUAUCUACCACAGGUGUUACUGUCCAGUAUGUGUAAGGGCUCACUCUAUGCCCUAUGAUGGAAGCAGUGUCUAAUAUCUACCACAGGUGUUACUGUCCAGUAUGUGUAAGGGCUCACUCUAUGCCCUAUGAUGGAAGCAGUGUCUAAUAUCUACCACAGGUGUUACUGUCCAGUAUGUGUAAGGGCUCACUCUAUGCCCUAUGAUGGAAGCAGUGUCUAAUAUCUACCACAGGUGUUACUGUCCAGUAUGUGUAAGGGCUCACUCUAUGCCCUAUGAUGGAAGCAGUGUCUAAUAUCUACCACAGGUGUUACUGUCCAGUAUGUGUAAGGGCUCACUCUAUGCCCUAUGAUGGAAGCAGUGUCUAAUAUCUACCACAGGUGUUACUGUCCAGUAUGUGUAAGGGCUCACUCUAUGCCCUAUGAUGGAAGCAGUGUCUAAUAUCUACCACAGGUGUUACUGUCCAGUAUGUGUAAGGGCUCACUCUAUGCCCUAUGAUGGAAGCAGUGUCUAAUAUCUACCACAGGUGUUACUGUCCAGUAUGUGUGUAAGGGCUCACUCUAUGCCCUAUGAUGGAAGCAGUGUCUAAUAUCUACCACAGGUGUUACUGUCCAGUAUGUGUAAGGGCUCACUCUAUGCCCUAUGAUGGAAGCAGUGUCUAAUAUCUACCACAGGUGUUACUGUCCAGUAUGUGUAAGGGCUCACUCUAUGCCCUAUGAUGGAAGCAGUGUCUAAUAUCUACCACAGGUGUUACUGUCCAGUAUGUGUAAGGGCUCACUCUAUGCCCUAUGAUGGAAGCAGUGUCUAAUAUCUACCACAGGUGUCGCUGUCCAAUACAAUAAGGGGGUACCUUCUUGCCCCUACAUACAGUCUGCCUGUCUCACUAUGUGUACGGUUGUUCUGUAAGUUGGAAGGUAUGUCUGAACCAUUCACAAGAAAGUUAAGUCCCGUGACAUAUGUAUAAGGUCUACCAUGUACCUCAUUGUUUCAUGAAGACAUUUCUCAGGCAGGAGGAGGAAUGUAUAGUGUCCUGAUAAACAUGUGGUAGAAGUAAGUUGGUUUGUACAAGAACUACAUCAAUUCUAUCGAGUACAAAACAUGUUACAUUCGCUUCAAACGGAAAGCAGUAUGUGAUGUAGUGUUCCUGUUUUUUUAAUAUUCCUUGAGUUGUUCUGACAGACAUUUCUAAUUACCAUAACUGGUUUAGCAAUCCUAUUAUUUAAAACUUUACCAUCCAGUUAUAUCAAACUGAUCAAAUUUAGAAAACAAUCGCCAAUGUUUUCCACCAUUAUUUUAUCAGAGAUAGACAGAAAGAAAAAAGACAUGGAUUUUAUGAUGACAGCUUGUAUCCAAGCCUGAAGCCAGGUCAUUACGGACAGUACUUCUUGGUUUCUUCCAUUCUGUAGGUGAAGGUCACACAGUGCACUGAAGGAUACAUAGUAUUGCAGUACAGAAAGUAUUUACCAGUCAACAUUCAUUAAAGCAUGCAUCAGCUAGUCUGUCAAAAAGAACUAAAUACGAUAUGGCGCUGCCGUUCUUGUCUUGUUUUUCCGACUUUUAGAAAUGUCAUGUAAGCUGAUGAGCACUGUAAUAUAUUGAUAUGUUAUAUUUUGCUUGACUAUGAAUGUCAUGUAAAUGUAGCCUGAAACAAAACUGAUAACAUCACCAGGAAAAUACAACAACAUCCUUGCUCCUCAAACAAAUAAAAUAAAUGGAUAUAUUAGUGGAAUUUUCCGUUUACUCUUCAUUUUGAUUUUGAUUAAUUUAAACCUAAAUUUAAACUAAAAUGAAAAGAGUUACAAAAAGAAGUAAACCGAGUUUAUGUGGCUUUGUUUUAUGGUAUUGCUGGUCCAUUGGAUGGGUUGCAUGAAAAGAUGAACUCUGGAUUUGGAUUUAUUGAGGAGAGUCUGAAUUCUGCACACAAACAUAUCAAAAUUAUGGUUUGCAAACUUUCAGAGAGUAUCAAGAGGUUUCAAAUGAAAGAACUGCAUUACAAAAUGCUCUAAUUCUAAUAACUGUGGUCACAAUUGCCAGUGUCUGUCUCUCCUGCAGUCAUGGCAACCAUGAUGCAGACAAAAAACGAUGUCACAAAGAAACUUACUUGAUGUCAAGAUGUGCCAUAUGUUUCAUUAUGAUACAGGAUUAUGAACAGGUUUGUGUGGAUAUUGGAAACAGUGAACAUACAUUGUAAGGUUUACUUGUAUUACAUACAUGCUGACAUAUACAUCAUAUCAUAUGUUUUGAAUUGCUGUGUAAUACAGACAUUGUAUAUGUGAUAUGAGCAGAAUACACGCUAUCAACUACACUCAAUAACAGAGGAAGGAGGAUUAUUUUUGUAUUUUUAUUCAAUGUGGACUUUAUAUUAUAUUUUAACAUGAAUAUGUUUCAAUAUAUUUCAUAUGUAUGAAGGGUUUGAUUUGAUGUAUGCUUCAUUUUAAAACACUGAGAAAACACAUACAAGGGUAUGACAAAAUGAUACUAACCUGAUGUCUAGCUCUUUCUUAACAUGUGAUUUUCUUUCGCAUUUUGAGUUGAAAACUGAGAGUAAUGUGAUUUGCUUUAGACUGAAGGGAUCAAGGCUGUGGGUUAACCGAGGAUGAUAUUCCUGCCUGCAGCAUCCUGAUUAGAGACUGUUAACAUUUGUGUUUAUUCUGAUAAUACAAUUUUAUGAACUCCUUCAUUGAGAAAGUUUUUAAUGAACACAUCCAUGCAGCAGUCUCUUCUAACUGAAUUGCUGCACAUGAAUCUGAUGCUACGUGAAUUGAAUGAAGGCAAGAGAUUAAGGUCCCCAUGAUUGGACGACCAAAAAUAAUAAGGGACAUUACUUGAAUACCCUUCCAUAAAAUCUAAUUCUCCAUAAUUGCUUUCAAGGAAUACAAAACUUUUUCAUAAAAAUUCUCAGUCUCUGAAAUUAUGGUUUCAUGAAUAUUAGGCAUUACCAGUGCUUUUGAAAGGAAUAAUAUAAAUGAUGGUGUCACUUAGAGAGUUGUUUUUAAAUAUUUGACCUGAUUCUCUGCAUAUAUUUUGUAGAGUAACAAAAACAGAACAACUUAUAAAUGAGGAAACAGUUUUGCCAUAUUGAAUGACUUUUUGGUUUUAUAGAAAGACAUAAAGUUGGAUUUUUAGAGUUUUAUUCCAUAAUGUAAACUUAUAUGAAGCAAGAAAGUUGUGAUAGAAAGGUUCAGAACUUAUUAUACAAAUCUGUACUGACAUACUGUGAAAAAUAUAACAUUGUCAUAAUGUUUAGUUUCUCUUAGGACCUGACACAUAUUUGGAUUAACACAUUUUACCCUUGUGGAGCAUGAAACCCAGGUCUCCAGCACUACAGACUGAGGAGUUGAACCUCUCGGCCACCCUGCCACCUGAAUCAGGGAAGGGAUGCUAUAGCCUGGGUAAUGAUUGACUGACUGACUGAGUUUGGUUUUAUGCCGCUUUUAGCAAUAUUCCAGCAACAUCACGGCAGGGGACACCAGAAAUGGGCUUCACACAUUGUGCCCUUGUGGGCCUGGGUAAUGAACCGAUACAUGUGCUCUGAUGGAGACACAAACAUGACACAUGAAACAGGAAGUAAAGUGUGUACAAAUGAUUUUUGCUACUUCAGUAAAGAGAAGUAACGUGACUCAUCCUGAGAUAUGUAUGGUUACACAAGCUAAACCUAGGACCUGUCGUUUAUCUUUUGGCUUGUGUGUCUCAUCAACUGAUAUGCAAUGAAACUGAUUAACUAUAAAGAAUCUAAUGACCAUAGAUGUAUUUUAACACCUGUCAAUAGUCACAUGCAACAGGAAGCCAACAAUCCUAACUGAACUCUGGCAAUGAUGACAUGAUACACAAGACCAGGAUCCCUUCCCUACCACAUCCAGGUGACAGAUCAGGAUGCUACUGAAACAGUAGGCAGCACAGUAGGCAGCACAGUAGGCUAGCCAAGUGCCUAAAGUGUUCGCUUGUCACCCAAGUCACAGGUUCCAUUCCCCACAUUGGUACAAUGAUGUGCGAAGCCCAAUUCUGGUGUUCCCUACCUUGCUAAAAUGUUGCUGGACAUAAAGAAUUGGAAUCUGGAUUUCAUUUUCUUGUUAUUCUUUAAGACAACGUUUUGGGGCCUGUUCCAGCCCCAUCAGGUAAAACUAAUGAACGGUAACAGAUCAGAAUAAAAAGAAGAUGAAAUCCAGAAAUUUCUUUAUGUUCAUCAAAUAUGAUCUUCUCAAAUGCCAAUCAAGCAUCUAGCUGUAGGCCACUGACUGCUCCAAGCAGGGAUAAUCCACUCGAUCAUAUCUACUUCCUGCAUUGUCGCCCACAUGUUGAAAUAGAGAGAGUUCAGGUGCUAAUAAGCACCCUGUGAUAGAUAUCUACUGUAUCCUGCCUGUCAUCGUCUCAAACAGCUCAUUACAACUUGUAGCAUUAUAAUCACAUUUGUCACACAAGAUGAAACAAGGCUGCUUCAUGCGUGAUUCCUUAAUUGAUAGUUGAGCAUAUCUAAAACUGAUACCGGUAUUCAACACUGCAAUCUGCAUGCAAUGAAAAUUUUUAUUCUUGGCAUUCUUAGCUUGAGUGAUCUGCUAAAUGAAGGUGAAUUGACAAUGACAAAGUGCUGUUGACACAAAGCUGACAUCAAUGGAAUGAAUUCCAGAAACCAACCCUGGAAUAUUCCUGUGGGGAGACACAUACUCCAAGGCCAAGGGAAAUUCCCAAGACUAGUCGGAUUAAUGACAUUAUCUGGUCUAUUGGAAAAACCAACACACUUCCAUUGACAAGCAAUGCAUAAUAACAGCCUUAUUAGCAUGUCCACAACCAUGUAGAAACAGGUAUAUGCUCAGCCAGGACAUCAUGGGACGUGUUUUAUUGGUCACAGACGAUGGUGAUAAGGAAAUAAGAUAAAAUUCCUUCAAAUUCAUACCAUAAUUCAAUAAUGUCGGCUCUUCAAGUUUAAAAUACCUUUUUACAUAUUCAUCAUCUUUGUGUUACUGGAAUAUACAAUAUAUACAGAAUGGAAUAAUGCAGUCGGUUCAUGUUCUGGUCGUAUCAUGGUGGUGGCAUUUAGAAUGGAUGAAAGCACAUGAACAACAGAAUCCCAAGGUUUACACGUUGAAACACCUUCACACCUUGAGACCAUGAAAGCAAUGGAACCCUGACCUUUACCUUGUGGCAGGUUGGGGAUAGUUCCCCCGGAGUUUUGAGCCUUAAGCCAUGACCAAGAAGUAGCAUAACAUGCAUCACUGUCCAUCGAACCAUGUCAGAAAUCUUCUACAUGAAUAAUGUGUCCUGACACAACCAUUGAAAGUUGGGAGCUAACAGAUGACCCCUAGUUGUCUCCCCUUGCGACAGAACGAGGAUUUCUGACAUGAUCUUCUAUUUUCUUUGUGAUAUUGAGCAAUGUUGCCAUGGCAUAGAUAGCAGGGAUACACACUGUUCUGUACAUGAAUGGACACUCUUCCAUAUACAGGACCUGUUAUUCCUGAAACAUUUAAAAUUGUCGUAGAUCAGACUCAUUCUAACAUGAAUGAAGUUUCUUUUGAGAUGAAAGAGGUUUCAUUCUGAGAUGGAUGAGGUUUUAUUCCCAGAUUAUGAGGUUUCAUUCCAAGUUGAAUGAGGUUUCAUUCUGAGAUGAAAGAGGUUCCUUUGACUGUUUGUCAUGGUGAAGCACUGGACAAACCAGGGCACACCGUCCUGCUGAAUUACUGUGUGUGAAGUAUUCAGAUAAUGCUACUGAGUUAACUAGGCACGUUACGCCGUUGUUACUGUUAAGAAAUGGCCAUAUUACUGAGUGUCUUGAUUACCGAGUGGCUGGAUUAGAGUCUAUUGUACAAUAACCAAAGUCUGUAUAAACUAUAUAUAUUGAGUCUUUGCUGUAUUUGAAUAUAGAGUCUUUAUUUCUGUUACAUAUUUGUUACUGUAUAUAAUAUGUACAUGAUGUAUGAAAAAUGACAUAUUUUGUUAGACAUGAAUUUGUUUGUGAAAAUCCUGUGAUUGUGUAAAUAAUUAGUGCAUCUUGUUAUGAAUAGUGUCAUGUACUUGCCCUCUAUGUGGAAGUGAUUGUUGACGAGUUGCUUGUAUUGUGUGGCGCAAUGUACAGUGAGACAAUAAAGUGCUGUCAAUAUUUA